AUGCACGAUAAUGGAGGAGGUGUAGGUGGUGGUAUGACAGGCCAAGAUUUCGCGGAUCCGGACGAUUUCGUGCUGGAUUCGACGGAAGAGGGUGUUAAUGUGGUAGCCGACUUUCGCCAGACGAUGACAGAACUGAAUAAACAGUACCUCAACGGCCUCACUGACUUUGCCCACUCGCUUGGCCUCGGAUCAAAUGCUCAAGUAGGCUACAACCUGCCAGUCGAUAUGUUGUCCGACAUCCCCUAUGUCUCCGCCUCCGAAACGGAAUCUCUUGGUUUCGAUGCGCGGGAUGGUGCGGGGAUCGACGGAUACCUUCAAUUUUCUGGACCGGCGAACCUUGCAGGGAAAGAAGUCAUCUCACUGGAAGCUGGCUCCGUCUUUUACAAGACCUACCAACAGACAGUACCGGAGCAGCUGUACUAUCUCAACCGCGCAGCAGUGGGUGGGGUCAACUCCUUCAAGCUUCAUGGCAUGCCAUUCUCUGGGUACUAUCCAAACACGACGUGGCCAGGCUGCACACCAUUCAGCUACGUUGCUAGUGAGAUGCAUGGACAGCGUCAACCUGGAUGGGAGGAUUAUGGUGGUUGGAUGAAUUACAGUUCGAGGUUGCAAUGGGCUAUGCAGUAUGGUGUUGCAAAAGUUGACGUGGCAUUCUGGUUGAAAAACGAAAGUGUAAGCAGCACGCCAAUUGGAGCCAGAUAUCUGAGUGACGAUCUGGUGAGACUUGGGUAUACAUACGAGUAUCUGUCGCCCGACAACUUCGCGUUAGAAGCGGCAUACGUUGAGGACGGAGUUUUGGCGCCAACACAACAAGCCUUCAGUGCGCUUGUGGUGAGGAAGAAUGAGACCUUGACAAUAUUUGGUGUCAAGAAGCUGGUUGAAUUUGCGAAAGGGUGCCUUCCUGUGGUGUUCUACGGUGGCGUCCCAGAUAAGAUCUUGGGCCGCACGACAACAGAUGAUAGAGUCGAGAUCAAAGCAAUGUUGGCAAACAUGACAGCUCUGUCAAACGUUCACGUUACCUCGGAAGGUGAUCUCGCUCUGACUCUCGACUCUAUCGGCAUUGCGCCACGCAUCGUGCCGGACGAUAAGGAUGAGGAAGAACCUAUCAUUCUCCUUUACUACGACACGACAGGUCUGCCACGGGACACCUCACCGACGACUAAAACGCUAAGUUUUGAAGUCACUGGUACUCCAUACGUUUAUGACGCUUGGACCGGACAGCAGGAGCGCCUUACCAACUACGCCCAAACGAAUCACAGCACGACCAUCACGCUAAGUCUAGCCGGAAAUCAGACCACCAUGAUUGCAUUCCGUAAGAAAGAGGGUAACGCCCCUCAUGGUGUGGCCAACACGACGGCGUCCUCGAGACAGCAAAACGCGAACCCAUUGGUUCUCUCAAACUGGAGUCUCACGCUCGAAUCAUGGUCAGCUCCGUCCAAUAUCAACAACAUCUCCGGCACAGUCAAACGCAAUACGACCUACCACACCGGCAACGAGCUCCAUCCUUGGAACCAACUUGACGUCCCAGGCAAUGUCACGCACGUCGCCGGCCGCGGCUACUACCAUAGCUCAUUCUCAUGGUCCCCCGAAAAUGGAACACGUGCGGUCAUCACGAUGGAUCCGAUCCUACACAUUGCGGUGUUGUACGUCAACGGGCAGCAACUUCCGCCAUUAGAUCCCGCAGCUCCUAAGGCCGACAUCUCGGCAUAUCUUUGUGAUGGUGUCAACGAUGUUGACAUUGUUGUCAGCUCGCCGUUGGUCAAUACCUUGAUCCCGGCGGCGGAUCAGCUGAGGAGUGCUGGGGCAGAUCUGAGCGUUGUCAAGGCGGCGCUUGGGACAGAUCUUAUCGUGGCGAGGGAGAAUGGGCUGAUCGGAGAAGUUGUGGCGAAAUCGUAUAGUGGACGUGAAUAG